AUGCGCAAGAUAGGAAGAGGUGGUGGAUGGGAAACACAGAAAGACAAAGAAGAAGAAGGGGGUUGUGUGUCUGGAUCUGUCCGGGUGGUACCGUCCAUCAAUCCAGCCGUCGUGGGCGACACCGUCGUUCUGUCUCUGUCUCCUCCGGCUACUUUGAACUCUGGACGCUGGUCAGUGGGAGAGGCGCCGAUCGUGACCUGGCUGGGAGAGCAACUUGCGGUGUUCCCGAGUCACACUGGCAGAGCAACGGUCAACGUCACCACCGGAGCUUUGACUCUGACCUCUGUCACCACCUCUGACACCGGAGUCUACACAGUUCAGAGCGAUGAGACGGACUUCUCUGCCAACACUCUCCUCAGUGUCCUGGAGCCAGUCUCAAACGUGACCCUGCAGGUGAACCACACCUCCCUGAUGGAGCUGAGAGCUUCAGCCGUCGCCAGGUGUUCCGUAUCAUCAGGGUCGUCUCUCUCCUUCGUCUGGAUGAACGGCAGUUCCGAGGUCACGGCCGGUGAACGGGUUCAGCUCAGCGACCAAAACGCCACUCUCACCGUUGUUAACGUGACUCGCUAUGACCAGGGACCCUUUGUGUGUUUCGUGUCAAAUCUGGUCAGUAACGGCAGCAGCGACGCGCUGAACUUCACAGUCGUAUACGGGCCUGAUAACAUGGCACUCACAGUAGAUGGGCAGAAUUCCACUAGCGUUUCAAGUGGGUCCAACGCCUCCCUGCUGUGCACGGCUCAGUCCAAUCCACCAGCUCAGCUCCAGUGGGCUUUCAAAGGAGAACUGAUCAACACCACAGGUGCACACCUGCGACUUCACAACAUCAACGAGGGUCACGUCGGACCGUACACAUGUUUGGCCUACAACAAUGAAACUAAGCUGAGCAGCAACGUAACCGCCGACAUCCGGAUAAGCAAUGCUGCACCCGGACCUCGGUCACUUAAUCCGGGCCUUCUCUUUGUUCUGGUUUUAUUUGGACUGGCAAUGAUGGGUGUCCACGGCCAGACGAUCCGUGCCUCUCAGAACCCAGCCCGACUGGACAGCAACAUCACACUCUCCAGCACGUUCGUAGUAAGCCUUGGUUCGUGGACGUUUGACUCGGACAUCAUUGUGAUAGUCUACCCAGGAGGGGCGAACAUUAGCGCUGACUGGCAGGACCGUGUUGAGUACAAUCCCGCCACCUCAGCAUUAACGCUGAGGUUGGUGCAGCUCAAUGACUCUGGAGAGUACAGACUCCAGCAGUUCAAUGCCCACCCUGCCAGGUUGCAACUCGAAGUCCAAGCACCCAUCUCAGCCGUGAUGGUGAAUGACGCCGGUGCCCUGGCGAUACACACGAAGUCCUUCACUCUGACUUGUGAAGUAGAUGGCCUUUUUCAUCAAGUCGUUUGGUGGAAAGACGGUGACGUGAUUUCAGCCGACAACACAACAGGCUUCGGAACUGACAACAAAACGAUGACCCUAAAUCCCGUCCAACUCUCGGACGGUGGAGACUAUCAGUGUUGGGCCGCUAAUGCUGUCAGCAACAUGACAAGUGGCAGCUACAGGCUCGUGGUGAACUACGGCCCCAUGAGCCCGGAGAUUGAGGGUCCGACGUCGGCUCUGACGGGAACAAUUGUGAAACUCAACUGCUCCAGUGACUCUCAGCCGCCCAGUCAACACAGCUGGUACUUUAACAACACGUUGGUGUCGCAGGGCUCUGUCUACAACAUCGGACCGUUGACCACCAACAUGAGUGGAGAGUACACUUGCAUGGCCUCCAACGGCGUCACUGGGAAGAACAGCUCCACCACCACCAUGCUCAAUGUUUUCGAACCCGUUACCAGGGUGUCGGUGGUUGGAUCAGACCCAGUCCUGAACCAAACAUUCAGUUUGACUUGCGACGCUCGUGGAACUGUCCACUCCAUCACCUGGUCGUAUCAAGGCAUGCCACUGUACCCUGGUGGCAACAAAAACCUCUCCAUGGACAACGCGACCCUAACCUUUGACCCUGUGAUGCGUUCUGACAACGGAAACUACAGAUGUGAAGCCUCCAAUCCACACAGUCGUCUCGCCAGCGACAACUUCACCCUGACGGUUUCGUAUGGGCCUGAAAUGGCAACCAUCAUGGGUCCAAGUGUAGCCAAGGCGGGUGAAAACGUCACCCUCACAUGCAUGGCAGCGUCACACCCUCCCAGUCAGUACCAGUGGUUUCAUAACAAUUCUCAAGUGGCCACCACAUCCAAGCAUGUGAUCCUGGGUUCAACGACAGACAUGAGUGGGAAUUACACCUGUGUGGCCAGCAACCACGUGACAGGUCUCAACAGCUCCGCCCACUGGACACUCGUGGUCUUCGAGCCAAUAACAGCGGUUAGAGUGGCACCAACCACCAGUCCAGCAGUGGAAGAUGCCUCCCAUCAGCUGAAGUGUGAGAUAACCGGAUUUGCUGAGCAAGUGACCUGGAUGAAGGACGGCAAGCCACUGACUGCGGACAACAGAACGGUUUUCCACAUGAGGACCGUGACCUUUGACCCUCUCCACCGCAACGAUUCUGGGCACUACCAAUGUGGGGCCAUGAAUCCGUAUGAAAACAAGACCAGUGCCUUAUACAAGCUCGCUGUGAACUAUGGACCAGACCUCCCCAUGAUUUACGGCCCAUCCUAUGCUGAAACUGGCCAGUCUGUGGUCUUCAACUGUUCUGCUUCAUCAUAUCCCCAGAGUGAGUUUAGCUGGUGGUUUAACAGUAGCCAGAUAGGCAGUUCCCGAACCAUAGUAUAUGACAGGGUUUUUCUGAACAUGAGCGGCGAAUACACCUGUAUGGCCUCUAAUAAAGUGACAGGAAAGAACAAUACCAGCAUGAAGACUCUGUCUGUUAUUGAAACUAUUCAGUCUGUGCUGGUGAGAAACAGCGGCACCCCAAUCGACCAGCAAGCGUUCAGCCUGACAUGCGUGGUUGACGGCCCGUUCGAAGAAAUUUACUGGAUGAAAGACAACGUGGCCCUGGGAAUGAACGACUCAAACCUGCAGGUGUCCAAUGGCACCGACAACAGCACGAUUCACUUCAGACCAUUAAAGCUGCGUCACGAUGGGGAAUAUCAGUGUGUUGCUGCCAACAAAGUGCGCACCUACAAAAGCCCUUCAUUUGAGCUGCUGGCAAACUAUGGUCCACUAAACAUUAGCAUCACUGGUCCAGAUACAGGAAAAGAUGGCACCACAGUGACCCUGACAUGUUCUGCUGACUCAAGACCAGAUUCUCAUUUCAAAUGGUUGCUACCUAACCCAUCAUUAUCCAUAAGCAAUAUGCCAACCCUUUCUUUCACAGCAACAAAAUCUAUAGAAGGGACAUUCACCUGUGAAGCAAGGAACCCUGUGAGCAACGUCACUGCGACGGCGACCAAAACAUUCACCCUUUCCGGUGUUGCUUCUGCCUUCCAGCUCACAUCUCAGAACCUUGUGAUUCUGACGGUCCUUCUGUCUUCGUGCCUGACCUUGAUGCUGCCAUAGACUCCUUUAAAAAGUGACACAGACUUUAAGUUAUUCUUGUAGUGUUAACCUGGAUUGUUUCUUUGUUGCUUUGAUUGAGUUCAGUAAAUCAGUAAAUCCCUAGAUAUAAAAGUGAUUUGUGCUUGCAAAGAACACAUGGAAAUUAAACCAAAAGAGAUUCUAAUGUUAAAGUUGGCUGACCACCUUCCAAUAUUUCAUCAUAGACAUUUUUUAGUCAGAAUGCAGCACAUAAUUACAGCAUAAACAUAUCGAAUGCAAACCAAAGCAUUGACAAAAGACAGUGAACUUUCACCCAUGCAACACUUAAAACACUACAGUCUUUCAUUUUGUGUGUCACUGAAGUGCACCUUUAGUUUCUCUCUCAUCGUGGAUGACGUGAUUGUAUCACACUUUCAUAAAAUAACAGUACAGAAGACAGAUGAUUUUUAGAAAAAGCAAAAUGACCUACAUUAUUUGAUUGAUUUAACAACCAAUAAAUCCAUAGCCUUGAAAAUAGAAUUAUUUUUUUUCUUCUGUUUACUCACUGACUCUUGCUUGCUGUUUGUUGGUUUGAAUUUAAUUAUUUAAGAAAUAUCCACAUGAAUGUAAUACAAAAUAUAACUUAUUCUGGAGCUACUUUCCUCGUCUGUCAUGAAGGAAAGGCAAUUUAAAUCAAAGUGAUGUGGUGACCAAGCUCUGGUGUACUAAACUGUAAUUUAAAAUAAUUCUGUUUUUCAACGUCGAAGUGCUCGUAAUUGUUUAUUUUAUUCAUGCAGUACUUAAAUUUCCCAUUGGAUGUCGCUUUUUCGUGCCGUAAUCUGUCUAUUUUAGUCGCAGUAUGUCUUACGUUAUGAAGACGUUUGAAAUGAAUCGGCACUUUUUGCCAAAAUGCUGAAUUAAUAUGGAUAUAGAGAAUGAAUAACGAUGCAAAUCCCUAAAUGUAAAAUAAACUUUUUCCCGUCAACACAAA